CUCGGCAAAUCUGAAAAAGCCACGAAAGCUCUAGGCAGAGCCACCUCCCACCACAUCCACCAUCUCUCUCUCUCUCUGCUUUUCUUUUCUCCUCUGCUUUCCGUUUACCACAACUCUUCAAUUUUGAGUUUUAGAUCCAUAAAAAAAUUACAUAUAAUUUAUCCUUUGUUUUGCGCUCUGAUAUGGAACGGAUCAUCGGUGGAAAGUACAAGCUUGGCCGCAAGAUCGGCAGUGGAUCCUUCGGUGAAAUAUAUCUAGCUACUCAUAUCGAUACGUUUGAGAUCGUUGCUAUUAAGAUAGAGAACAGUAAAACAAAGCAUCCACAGUUGCUUUACGAGGCGAAGUUAUAUAAUAUUCUUCAAGGAGGAAGCGGUAUUCCUAGUAUCAAAUGGUCAGGAGUAGACGGGGAGGACAAUGCACUUGUGCUAGAUUUGUUAGGACCGAGUCUGGAGGACCUGUUUGUGUAUUGUGGGAGGAAGUUCUCACUCAAGACUGUGUUAAUGUUGGCUGAUCAAAUGAUUACCAGGAUAGAAUAUGUGCACUCUAAAGGAUUUCUGCACAGAGAUAUAAAACCUGAUAACUUUCUCAUGGGUCUUGGUCGAAAGGCAAAUCAGGUUUACAUAAUUGAUUUUGGGCUUGCAAAAAGAUAUCGAGAUGCAACAACCAAUCGUCAUAUUCCUUACAGGGAGAACAAAAACUUAACAGGAACUGCACGAUAUGCCAGUUGCAAUACUCAUCUUGGAAUUGAACAAAGUCGGCGGGAUGAUUUAGAGUCACUUGGCUACGUGCUGUUAUAUUUUCUGAGAGGAAGUCUUCCAUGGCAGGGUUUAAAAGCUGCCACAAAGAAGCAGAAAUAUGACAAAAUAUGUGAAAAGAAGUUAUCAACUCCUAUUGAGGUUCUGUGCAAAUCCCAUCCUGUGGAGUUUGCUUCAUAUAUGCAUUACUGCCAUUCACUGACAUUUGAUCAACGGCCCGAUUAUGGAUUCUUGAAGCGCUUGUUUCGUGAUCUAUUUUCCCAUGGAGGAUAUGAAUUUGAUUAUGUGUUUGAUUGGACAAUCAUAAAGUAUCAGCAGGCACAAAAGAAUAGAUCUCAACCUCGAUCAUCGUUUGAAAUUUGGAUAGUCAUACUCAUAACAAGAUUCAAACCUUACAUAUUACAGCCAAAUCCGGCGUGUAGCAGUCAUGCAGUGCAGACAGACAUGGAGAAUCAUCAAGGAAGUCAUAAUGCCUGUUAUUCAUCUGAGAUCAUGCGAUCAACUGGUCCUGGCAUACGCAUGCAAUCCAAAUCAGGGUUGGGAAAGAAUCUGAUUUCUGAUAUUCAUGCUGACAAGAACAUUGUGAGUCAGCACAUACCCUCCACUUCAUUUCAAGUUGGUGGGACAUCAAAACGACAUGCCUCAAAGCCUGUUCUGCCAAAUGAAAGUGCUAACCCUGCUCAUGGACACAACAAUAAAAUUGGUCCUUCCAGUAGCUGGAUAUCAUCAUUGCAACGCAUUCAUUCUGCAAAGUGAGCAAGAUGGUAACUUUUCUUGUCCAUACAUCAGUCGUGCACAAAGUUUGGGUACAUGCCUCUGGGAAUGCAAUUAUACUGUUCCAUUAACAGUAUGGUUGAUGCAAUACCAUUCAUUAUGUUUUAGCAAUGGAUCUGGUUAAGAGGAUUCUUGUGAUAUAUCUAUUGGAGGCAGCAAAAUCUUUGGUGAUUUGGAGUCACUGUUUCACCUCUGUCCGGUGAAGAAGUUCCAUUGCAUAUUUAUGGGCUCCAGUGUACUUUGUUCCUCUAAGAAAACCAGCUCACAUUGUUUUUUCUUAAGGUGACUACGAACACUUUGGUUGUUACAAAAUAUCGACUAUCCAAAGCCUGGUUUCUGUCCUGUACAUAGAUGUCAUGAAUGACAAUAGAAUACUGUAUUUAUGGAUAUAUGUAAUGAAUUUAAAUGUGAAGCUUUUGCCCCCCUCGUCACAUGUUUUUGCCACCAGGGGAUAUAAAAAAUCCGUUUUUCCAUGUGGAUUAUUGAUGACAA